AUGUCAUCUCCAUCGCAAAUACCUUCGAACAAUUCAUUGUCUUCAUUUCAUCCAAAUUCUUAUUUAGAUAUUACUUUAACCGACUCUCCUCCAAAAACCAUAUUGGUCAAACUCUCUCUUAAUUAUCCACCUUUACCUCAUAAUAAUAUAGAUGACAACCAAGACUACCAGUCUCAAGCUUCUUCGAGUUUGUAUAUAAAAUUUAGAUUCUUUCAAACAGAUUCUAAAGACGAUAUCAAACAAGAAAUAGCAAAAGCAUUUAAUGUUGAAGAGUUUUCUUUAAUAGAUGAAAAUGACAACAUCAUUACUGCAAGUUGGUUUUCGUUGGAAGAUAACCAAAAAUAUCAGAUUAUUGAUCGCUCUUGCAUUUGUAAAAGUUUUGACGAUCUUACCUCGGAAAAACAUCUCCUUGUGCUAAAUAAAGGUAAAAAAUCUGUUAUUUAUGAAAGAAAGCAUGAUCAUGAUCCAUAUCGUAAUCAUAAGAAGGCAUCGGCCAAUUUAUGGAAG